UUUCCUGCCAAAGCAGUAAAUAUCAGGCGAGCUAGCAGGCACAGGCUAACGAGCUACUCCCUGUGUCAGCAGAGUGGACCAUGUCUUAUCACCUCUUAUUAACCUAGCCAGUCAACAGUCCGGUGUCUGUAGGGCGUGUGUUUCGUUUCGAUAAGAGAUGAACCGACACUUUGACUCUGUACUAUAAAGGAGGGUCGUAACUUUAAACACAAAUCUGUGGUGACUUAGCUUGGCUAGCUUCUCUGGUUAGCCCUAGCGCUAGCAAGCCUGAGUUAGCGUCUAAUAGGGGGGUUUCGUUGCUAGUGACUAUGCAAGCGGAAACCACGGCUAUAAGGAUCACGGAAAACGAAGGCAAGCUGGAUGUAUUUCCCCAGAACAGGACCCCAAGCUCGGGGAGAGCAAGUGCCAAAAGCUGGCAGUAUAGUGACCAUAUGGAGAAUAUUGAUGGCUACUUGAUGAAAUACACGAACCUGGUGACAGGGUGGCAGUACAGGUUCUUUGUCUUAAACAAUGAGGCCGGCUUGCUGGAGUAUUUUGUAAAUGAGCAGUCGCGCCCCCAGAAGCCCCGGGGCAUGCUCCCCCUGGCAGGGGCCGUCAUCUCCCCCAGCGACGAGGACUCUCACACCUUCACUGUCAAUGCCAUCAGUGGGGAGCAGUACAAGCUCAGGGCCACCGACGCCAAAGAGAGGCAGCACUGGGUGAGCAGACUGCAGAUCUGCACACAACACCACACAGAGGCCAUGGGCAAGAGUAAUCCCCCACCUAAGUCCCGGAGCUACUCUAUGGCGUCUCAAGGCAGCGGCAGCUCACCGAUGUCCAUGCGCAGGCCCAGCCAAAACCCCACUUCUUUAUUCAGCUGGUCGCAGGUCCACAAGGGCUCGUCGCUCUACUCCAGCAAGAGGUCCCUGCUGCCAGACCACCUCAUGGAUGCCAGAGAGAUGAUGACCCAGGCCCAGGGCCAACACAGAGACCUGAUCCAGAGUAUCGAGGGCUUGCCUGCAGCCCCCGGCCUCUCCCCUCUAGACCAGGACCUGCUGAUGCUUAAGGCCACUUCCAUGGCUACCAUGAACUGCCUCAACGAGUGCCUGCACAUCCUACACCUGCAGCAGGUGGCCAGGCAGAGGGGCUCCCUGGGAGGACCCACCAUCGAGUGGCUGGAGCCCAAGCUGCCUGACAUCCUGAAGAAUGGCAGCAGCUCCCUGGGCAGCUUCACCACAGAGGGGGGCCCGCUGGAAGGGAGCCGCCUGGAGCUCAGCAGCCCUGAGUCGUGCAGCUUCUCUGGGGAACAGGAAGACAUAGAUGCAGAGGAUGAGGUGGAGGACUGCUUCACAGACAAGGAGGAGGACCUGGGUGCCGUGGAGGAGGAGCGCAGCGUCAUCCUACACCUGCUGUCCCAGCUGAAGCUGGGCAUGGACCUCACGCGGGUGGUCCUCCCCACAUUCAUCCUAGAGAAGCGCUCUCUGCUGGAGAUGUACGCCGACUUCAUGUCACACCCGGACCUGUUCAUGGCCAUCACCGACGGCAGCAGCCCGGAGGACCGCAUGGUCCGGUUUGUGGAGUACUACCUCACCUCCUUCCACGAAGGCCGCAAGGGCGCCAUCGCCAAGAAGCCCUACAACCCCAUCAUCGGCGAGACCUUCCACUGCUCCUGGAAGGUCCCCAAGAGACCAGAGGCCUCCAAGGAGUCCACACAGGGGAGCCCCGACUCAGCCGCCUCCCAGGACUCCUACCAAGUGCGCUUUGUGGCGGAGCAGGUGUCCCACCACCCCCCUGUGUCUGGGUUUUACGCCGAAUGCCAGGAGAGGCGGAUGUGCGUGAAUACGCAUGUGUGGACCAAAAGCAAGUUCAUGGGGAUGUCCAUUGGAGUAUCCAUGAUCGGUGAAGGUUGUCUGUAUUUGUUGGAGCAUGAUGAGGAGUACACCUUCACACUGCCCUGCGCGUACGCUCGCUCCAUCCUCACUGUUCCCUGGGUGGAACUGGGUGGCAAAGUCAACAUCAGCUGCGCCAAGUCGGGCUACUCAGCAGUCAUCACUUUCCAGACUAAACCCUUUUACGGUGGCAAAUUACACAAGGUAACGGCGGAGGUGAAGCACAACGCCACCAACGCAGUGGUGUGUCGUGUGCAGGGCGAGUGGAACGGCGCCUUGGAGUUCAGUUACACCAGUGGUGAGACGAGGGUGGUGGAUGUCACCAAGCUGCCCGUGACGAGGAAGCGCGUUCGGCCGAUUGAGAAGCAGGGACCAACUGAAUCCAGGCGUCUGUGGCAACACGUGACCGAGUCCUUACGGCAGAAGGAUAUCGACAAAGCCACAGAGCACAAGAGGAUUCUUGAGGAGAGGCAGCGGACAGAGGAGAGGCACCGCGCCGAGACCGAAACCGCCUGGAGGACCAGAUACUUUGAAAGAGAGGGUGAAGGCUGGGUUUAUCACAAACCACUCUGGAAAAACUCUGCAUUCAAAUCCUAGUUUCUUCAGUCUGUAUCUUGGAUGUCGAUAUUGUAGAUUCAGGAAUGUGUGUGUGUGUGUGUGUGUGUGUGUGUGUUUGAGUGUGUGUGUCUGUGCGUGCACACACACGCACAUGGUUGACGGUUAUGAAAUGCGAGCAUGACCUGCACUGACGUACAGAUGAAUGCAACGUGGGGGAGAAGGACAAGAGAGAGAGAGACAGCAUGACUGAAGGUGUUCUCAAAUCUCACUCAUGAUGUUCACGAAGCCUCCAAGUACAAGCUUUUGUACUGCUGAUCAGUUUGUUUUUUUUAUAAUCCAAUGUCAAUGAAAACAUAUUCUUGUACAGGCAAUGGUACUCUUAUUUACACAGCCUUAAGAUAGUCUGAUGAAUGAUACUCUAAGUUUGGGUUCUGCUGAUCAACCUGGAUAUGGUUCUUUUCUUCUUUUUUUAAUGAAGUGACUUUUGAGGAGUUUCUUCCUAUACUAAGAUAACCAACAAAAAAACUUAAAUAAUUGGAAAAUUAGUGCAAUUAAACUGUUGUAAAUUCUGUGUAUUUCAGUGUAAAGUUGCUGUGAGCGUUGCUCAUUCAUGUUUAACAGUUUUCAGCUCAAACAGAAGCCACUUCCACUAUAAUUCAGUAUAUUUACAUGCACACAAUACUCUGAUCUCUGAUCUCUAAGAGCAGCUCCCGCUGUUCCCUUUUCUCCUCUUUUUAUGCUAAGCUCAGCUAAGCUAACUGGCUGUAGCCAAAAUGGUGACGUACUCCUUUUUAAAGGGGCAGCCCAGCAGUUUUAGUAAGGCGCUAUCAUAAAGUUGGUGUGAUACCUUCACUUUCACGUCCUAGAGUGGGUUAAGCUCUAAAAAGAAUGCUGGAGCCUACAAUCCCCACAAUGCAGCUCUUCAGCAUUCCCCUGCACCCCACUAGGUUUCCUGUAUGAAUUUUGAGUCCCAGUAAAAAUUUGGGUCAUUCCUUUUAACCACUUUCACCAGUCCUGAUGCAACAAAUUCUUUAAUAUCAGAUGAUUGUGGGCAUUUAGAUAUAUAGUACAUGUUGAUUUGAAGCAAUUUAUCUCUGAAAUUGUUUUUGUUCACUUGUUCUUUUGAUGCUGUAAAAUCAAUAUAUUGAAUAAGUCACACUGCUGGGAUGGCAUGUUGUAGACUAGCUGACAAAUAACCAAAUUUUAAAUAAUCGAAACGACUGAAUCACAUGUGAAUGCAUAAAAAUGACCCCUCUCCUUCACUAUUCAUCACCUUUCUCCUUUUAUAUUUUGGUGGUUUUGCAGUGGAUGGAAAAAGUCCCACGUGCAUGAGAGCAAAGUGUCUCUGUUCACACUCACUGCAGAAAGUAUACUACUCCUGUGUCUGCAUUACUUACAUUUCUAAAUGUCUCUUGUAAAAGCUUUUAACCAAAUUUGCUUGUUUUGUAAUGCAAAUAAAUAUUUUCUUUUGAAUGUGUGUUUAUCCCCCCAUCUUGCGCUUUAAUUGCUCUUAUUUUUAGAGCCACUUUUUGUAUAGAGAUGUUGACAUUUCUCGUUCCAUCAGUGUUUGUGUUAUUUUCUUUUCUUUUUUGGAAGUAAUUCCAAUCUACUAUACUGUGAUGUACAUGUAAUAAACUCUAUUUUUCUCUUUUUUUUUAGUUUUUUCCCCCCUAAAAAACAAAAUUUUAGCCUCACACUCUCAAAGCAUCUCUGUACCAAGUAAGAACAGUUUGAUUCUCUACAGAAAGAGGAAAUCCACUCUGCCAUUGAUAAGCUACUCCCUCUAAGUCUUGGUGCCUUAUGCAAACUCUUUCUGUGUGUGUCUUCCAGCGACGGAGCACAGCGUACUCAUCACUUAUUUACCUGACAGAUGCAAUGGCGGAUGUAUUAUUUGUGUGUGUGUUUGAUUUUUUUUCUCUUUUUAAGAAUCAGUGCUUGAUGAAGAGAAGUCGACUAAGCACUUUUAUUCCAGGUUUUGAAUUCUACUGGUUGUCUUGCUGACCUAUGAAAUGCACUGACAUUGAAGGAAACCUGAUGUUGUAGAAAAAUGGAUGUGUGAUAAUAAUCAAAUAAAUUGCGUAUCAGUUGUA